AUGCACUUCACUUCGCUACUUGCCACGACCGCCGUCGCCGCCGUCGCCUCGGCCCACGGCGACGGCCCCGAGGGCGUCCCCAAGCUCUUCGGCCGGAAUGCCAUUGCCGACCUGAAGGCCAGGAACAUCUUCGCUGGCGUCUCCGGCCACCAGCACGUCGAGCGCGCCGAUGCUCCUGUCAAGCGCCAGGAUGUUGGCGGCACCGAUGGCCAGUGUGGCGAGGGCUUCGGAUCCUGCAAUGAGGGCUACUGCUGCUCUGGUGCUGGAUGGUGCGGUGUUGGCACCGAGUACUGCAUGUCUCCGGACUGCCAGUUCAACUACGGCCCGGCCUGCGACGCCAAUGCCAUGCCUGCCGGAACUAACACCUCUUCCGUUGCCCGUGACCUGAAGGGUUCCGUCGAGUAUGGUGGUGCUGGUAUCUAUGACUGUGUCGUGAACGGCCAGGUCGCCCUGACCUACGACGAUGGUCCCUACAUCUACACCGACGGCAUGCUCGACGUGCUGAAGAAGUACAACGCCAAGGCCACCUUCUUCAUCACCGGCAACAACAACGGCAAGGGCCAGAUCGACAACGCCGCCUAUGGCUGGGACACUGUCAUCAAGAGGAUGUACUCUGAGGGCCACCAGAUCGCCUCCCACACCUGGAGCCACCAGGACCUGAGCGCCAUUACCUCUGCUCAGCGCAAGGACCAGAUGGUCAAGAACGAGAUGGCUCUCAGGAACAUCCUCGGUUUCUUCCCCACCUACAUGCGCCCCCCGUACUCUUCUUGCACCGCCGAGUCUGGUUGCGAGGACGACCUGAAGGCUCUGGGCUACCACAUCACCUACUUCGAUCUGGACACUGAUGACUACGACAACACCACCCCUGACAAGAUCCAGAACGCCAAGGACAACUUCUCCAACGCCCUCGCUGGCAAGGACUCUGCCAACAACGACUUCCUCGCCAUCGCUCACGACAUCCACCAGCAGACCGCCCAGAACCUGACUGAGUUCAUGCUCCAGACUCUCCAGGAUGCCGGUUACACUGCUGUUACCGUUGGCGAGUGCCUUGGAGAUGACGAGGCCAACUGGUACCGCUCGUCCAGUGGCGGUGUCUUCACCUCUGCGACAUCUGCCGCCCCUACUGCCACUUCUGCCACUUCGACUACUUCGACCGCCCCCACUGCUACCGCGACCAAGAUCUCUGAGGAUGCUACCUGCGGCGGUACCACCGGUCAGACCUGCAAGGGCUCGACUUUCGGUGAUUGCUGCUCUUCUGCCGGAUGGUGCGGCUCGACUGAUGCCUACUGCGGCGCCGGCUGCCAGUCCGCCUUCGGAACUUGCGAGUCAACCACGGGUCAAGUAAGCUCGAUUUCUACUGUCUCUACUACAGUCUCAUCUUCCGUUUCUUCUUCCUCUACGUCUGGGAGUGCCUCGUCGCCAACAUCUGGUGCCAAUCUCAAGGUUUCUACCGAUGGGACCUGCGGCGGAACCGCUGGUUUCACCUGCAAGGGCUCGACUUUCGGAGACUGCUGCUCCAGUGCCGGCUGGUGUGGUUCCACCAGUGAUUACUGCGGCUCCGGAUGCAACUCUGAGUUUGGCACCUGCGGCACUUCCUCAGUAACACCUUCCAACUCGGCCACGGGACCUAGCACCGGAGCAUCGACGCUGACCAGCUCGACAGUAAAAGCAUCGUCGCCUGCUGCCUCUGGCGGCACCGCCACGACUGCGACAUCGACCGCUCCCACCGCCACGUCCAACGUCAGCACCAACGGCCUGUGCGGCUCGCGCAACGGCGGAAAGACGUGCGCCGGCUCCAGGUUCGGUGGCUGCUGCAGCCCUCUCGGCACCUGCGGCUCGACCGUCUUAUCCUGCAGCAUCGGCUGCCAGAAGAGCUUCGGCACCGGCUGCUACUUUUAA